GUCCCCGCCCUCCCCGCCGCCGUUCGCAGCGCCUCCCGCCAUCGCCCCCUGCCGCGCCCCGCCGGCACCGCAACAAUGGCGGCGCCCGCGGCGCCCGCGUGAGCCCGACGCUGACCGCGGCUGCCGUGGAGUCUGGAUAAGAGCUGUCAGGAGAGCUUUCCAGCCAGUUUGAGGCUGAGUGAUAGCAAUCUUGAACCACAGUUUUAGAGGAGUGGCACCAAAAGGCCUGUUGUUAACACUGAGUGCUUUACAGGACAAGUAGCACUCCCUGCUUCCUCAGCUGCCUGAAAAUCAAGUCAUAGAUACUGACCUUCAAUCCAAAUAAGGGAGUAAAAAUGCCAGCUUCUCUGAGAAAACUGCAGCAAAUGGCUGUUUUCAUGGGACUGUUCAGCGGCGGGGGAUGCAUCGUGAUGUAUAAUCUUAUGCAAAAAAGUUUUGCCAGGACGCAGUAUUACCAGCAAGCUUUGGAGCAACUGAACAGCAAUCCUGAUGCCCUGGCAGCCCUGGGUGCCCCCCCUCUUAAGGUUCACAACAUCCACCUGACAGAUGGGAGCAAUCGCGUGGACACAGAAAGAGCGCGGAUAAAGUUACCGGUCUCUGGAACAAAAUCGGCAGGCUACCUCUACAUUGACUCGGAGAUGGACCACUCCCGUCAGUGCUGGUGCCUUCAGGAUGUCACCUUGAAACUGCGGGAUGGUCAGAAUAUUCCCGUUUACCACUCUUCAGAGGGAAGCAUUGGUGUGCAAGAAAGCUAAAAAUCAGGGACAGCUGCAUCUCCACCUCCCAUUGAGCCAAAGGAGCCAUUAAUCGAUUGCAUCCUGCUGUGGCUGUGAAUGUACACAGUUGUUACAAGUGACAGUUUCACUUAAGCGGGUGCUCUCAAGACAAUUUUCUCUCUAAGAUUUACCUCAUUAUUGUUGUAGUUGUAAUUUCUUUCUUUUGCUGGUUUAUUCACGUGUUUAACAGAAGCCUAAAAUAAAUAUCUUGCAAAAGA